AUGUUGGGAGAUGGUGGCCACAUGGUGGGAGAUGGUGGCCACAUGGUGGGAGAUGGUGGCCACAUGGUAGGAGAUGGUAGCCACAUGUUGGGAGAUGGUGGCCACAUGGUGGGAGAUGGUGGCCACAUGGUGGGAGAUGGUGGCCACAUGGUAGGAGAUGGUAGCCACAUGUUGGGAGAUGGUGGCCACAUGUUGGGAGGCUGUAGCCACAUGUUGGGAGAUGGUGGCCACAUGGUAGGAGAUGGUAGCCACAUGGUGGGAGAUGGUGGCCACAUGGUGGGAGAUGGUAGCCACAUGGUGGGAGAUGGUGGCCACAUGGUGGGAGAUGGUAGCCACAUGGUGGGAGAUGGUGGCCACAUGGUGGGAGAUGGUAGCCACAUGGUGGGAGAUGGUGGCCACAUGGUGGGAGAUGGUAGCCACAUGUUGGGAGAUGGCGGCCACAUGGUGGGAGAUGGUAGCCACAUGUUGGGAGGCGGUAGCCACAUGGUGGGAGAUGGUAGCCACAAGGUGGGAGAUGGUGGCCACAAGGUGGGAGAUGGUAGCCACAAGGUGGGAGAUGGUGGCCACAUGGUGGGAGAUGGUAGCCACAAGGUGGGAGAUGGCGGCCACAUGGUGGGAGAUGGUAGCCACAUGUUGGGAGAUGGCGGCCACAUGGUGGGAGAUGGUAGCCACAUGUUGGGAGGCGGUAGCCACAUGGUGGGAGAUGGUAGCCACAAGGUGGGAGAUGGUAGCCACAUGGUGGGAGAUGGUAGCCACAAGGUGGGAGAUGGUGGCCACAUGGUGGGAGAUGGUAGCCACAAGGUGGGAGAUGGCGGCCACAUGGUGGGAGAUGGUAGCCACAUGUUGGGAGAUGGCGGCCACAUGGUGGGAGAUGGUAGCCACAUGUUGGGAGGCUGUAGCCACAUGGUGGGAGAUGGUAGCCACAAGGUGGGAGAUGGUAGCCACAAGGUGGGAGAUGGUAGCCACAAGGUGGGAGAUGGUGGCCACAUGGUGGGAGAUGGUAGCCACAAAGUGGGAGAUGGCGGCCACAUGGUGGGAGAUGGCGGCCACAUGGUGGGAAGUGGUGGCCACAUGGUGGGAGAUGGCGGCCACAAGGUGGGAGAUGGCGGCCACAUGGUGGGAGAUGGCGGCCACAAGGUGGGAGAUGGCGGCCACAUGGUGGGAGAUGGCGGCCACAAGGUGGGAGAUGGCGGCCACAUGGUGGGAGAUGGCGGCCACAAGGUGGGAGAUGGCGGCCACAUGGUGGGAGAUGGCGGCCACAAGGUGGGAGAUGGCGGCCACAUGGUGGGAGAUGGCGGCCACAAGGUGGGAGAUGGCGGCCACAUGGUGGGAGAUGGCGGCCACAAGGUGGGAGAUGGCGGCCACAUGGUGGGAGAUGGCGGCCACAAGGUGGGAGAUGGCGGCCACAUGGUGGGAGAUGGCGGCCACAAGGUGGGAGAUGGCGGCCACAUGGUGGGAGAUGGCGGCCACAUGGUGGGAGAUGGUGGCCACAUGGUGGGAAGUGGUAGCCACAAGGUGGGAGAUGGCGGCCACAUGGUGGGAGAUGGCGGCCACAAGGUGGGAGAUGGCGGCCACAUGGUGGGAGAUGGCGGCCACAUGGUGGGAGAUGGCGGCCACAUGGUGGGAGAUGGUGGCCACAUGUGGUAG